CUAUUCAUUCUUUCCUCAUCUCUUGCAUCUGCCAGUCGCGUCUUAUUUGUAUUUUUUUUAUUUACUAUUUAUUACCAGUGUUUUAAUACUAUUUAAAUAAUUAUAAUUAUCAACAAUGAAGAUUUUAGUAACAGUAAUUACAUAUUUAUUAAUGGUUUCAUUUAUUUACGUUAAUUGUGUAGAAAGUACGACUGGAAAAUAUGAUUACCUCAAGACUGUCCACAUCGAGCCAAUAUCUCUUAAGAAUAUAAAAUUCCCAUGUUACAACGAUACGCGGUGUAUAGAAGUGUUUAAUGAUUCAAUUUGUCACAAUCACUUUUGUUUAUGUCGCGCUGCACCAAAUAAACAAUCAAAGCCUUAUUACUGUGGGUUAGACACGGUCGAUUUAACUCCAAAAAAAUUUAGUGUAGUAGGUCGUAUUUGUAAACAUGAUGAAGAUUGUGUUUCUGACACCAUCUUUUGUAACACAACAAGACAUCAGUGUUUUUGUAUUCCGGGACAUACUGCCGAUACUGGACGUCACAAUUGCUUACCAAUCGUUAAGAAUAUAACUGGAGCGUGUGAGGAUAAUGAACAAUGUGUUGUUGGUAUUCCAAAUUCAAUUUGUUAUAAUAAAACAUGUGUAUGUUCAGACGGUUAUCAUCUUGUUGGUAAUAAAUGUUGGAAAACUGCAGGAUACUUGGAGCCGUGUUCUGAAGAUAAUGAGUGUUAUUUUGGAGUUAAAUCUGACCCCAAAGGUGCCAAAUGUAUAAAUAAUGUGUGCAAUUGCACGGUUAAUUAUAUCUACCAUGAAAAUACAUGUUCUGGUGCUUAUAUAUUGAACUCCUUAUCAGUAAUUGCAAUUAUUUUAUUGAGCAUAUCUAUAUUUAUCAGCACGUAAUAUAAUAAAUUAUUUAAAAAAUGAUUUAUUUAUGCUGAUAAUAAUAAUGAUAGUUGUUAGGUUCUGCUACAUGAGAUUCAAGUAUUUUUACAUAUAAUUUUAAUUUGUAAAUUAAUUAAUAAUAUUAAUAUAUAAUAUAUAAAUAAUGUAAUUUAUUUAUUUAUUUAUUAUAUAUCGAGUCAAUACAAAGACUAAAUUGCCAUCGAAUUUUAUUUCUCAUUAUUGUAAUUUAAUUUUUUUUUUCUAAUGAACAAAUAUGGAGAAAAAAAAUU